AUGCCCUGGGCUGGUCUCUGAAGCUGUUGGGGUUGUCGGGGGGCGCCACCCUUGUUUAUGGCCUAUACCUGCUCCCUGCUGCUUGGGGCCACCAUCUUUCAGCUGCUGGCUCAAUCCGGGGGCCAGUUCCAACUGCAGAAGCUGCACUUCCUAGAGAACUACACCUGCCUGGUCCAGCAGGCCCGGAGCAGUUUCCAACGGGUGAUCCUGGAAGCCUGGGUGACAGGCGUGAACCCCAAAGGCAACCCCAGCAACUGGGACUUCAGAAGCAGUUUCUUUUUUGAGGGCACAGUGGUCACCAUCACAGGCUAUGGAAACCUGGCACUCAGCAUGGAGGCUGGGCAGGCCUUCUGCAUUUUUGCCCUGAUAAGCAUCCUGCUCAAUGUGGUCUUCCUUGACCUGGGAACAGGGCUGCGUGCCCACCUGACCACACUGGACAGGUGGGAGGACCAUCCCAGGUGUUCUCAGCUCCUGCAGGUCCUGGGCCUCGCUCUGCUCCUGACCCUGGGGACCCUGGCAUUCUCUCUUCACACCAGGCUACUCAACGACGUGGAGGGCUGGAGCUUUGGCGAAGGGUUCUACUUUGCCUUCAUCAUCACCCUCAGCACCAUUGACUUUGGGGACUAUGUUGUCUGCACAGACCCCAGCAAGCAUUAUGUCAUCAUGAACCUGAACCUGGCAGCUGUAUGGAUCUUCCUAGGUCUCCUAGGGCAGGCGUGGCUGGCAAUGGUCCUCAGCCUGGGAUCCCUGCUUCUGCACAGGUGCUCCUGUGUCUGACUGCUCAUCAGAGACCUGGACCUCAAGAAUGGAGGAAACCCUCACCCCAGACCUCAGAAAAUCCCCAUCUCUGCAUGA